CGGGGGGAACUUGAAAGUGCAAGCAAAGGGGGAAGCCGGGGAAAGUGAAAGUGGGGGGACAGCGGAAGCAUGGGGGGAAGCCGGGGGAAAAAGAAGAAGAAGAGGAAAAAGAACAUGAAGAAAGAAGAAGAAGAAGGCCAACGCGGAACCGAUGACGCAGGCGCACGUGGAGCCGAAGGCUACGCGGCGAAGGUGGGGAAGUCGGCAAAAGCGGAGGUGGAGGAGGACACGCAGGGGGAGGCGGAGGAGGUGGGGAAGUUAGCGGAAGCGGAGGUGGAGGAGGACACGCAGGGGGAGGCAGAGGCGGAGCCGGAGCUGGAAGCCGAGGCGGAGGAAGUGGGGAAGUCGCCGAAAACGGAGGUGGAGGAGGACAGGCAGAGCCCACUUGCCAUGUGGGCCACUUGGCACGUGGCGAUCUUGGCACAUGUCAAACUUCCCCAGGAAGAGAACAGUGACUGCGACAACCAAGGAGGAAAAGGACUGGCCAAACUCGACCCCCGGGGCAAAGAAGGGGAAGCACCCUCUGAAAUCUUAACAAGAGCGAAGAUGAGGGACUGGGUGGAGAGGCGGGAGCUGUGGAUCUUAUCAAAUCUAAAGGAAAAUGUCUUGCUGCUUCUGUUAUCCCGUCACAAACCCUGUGGACAGCCAACCAUUGGCCUUCUGAAAGUGGAGCCACAAUAUCAUAAACUGGCAGCGGAGGUUACCUUCAUGGGCUGGAAGGGCAAGCCAGACCUGAAACUGGCAGAGGCCGUGGCUGGCACUGCAAGAUCAUUAUCACGAUUUCCACACGUCCAGUCUACUUCGCGUUCACAUGCCCAUCCACACUCCGGUUUACAUCCACACUCAUCCACACUAUCAAGGUCCAAGACUUGGGCGACAGAUGUCUUGUGGCCAUUGGUCUCCAAGGCGCCAGAGCGUGCCUUUCAUUCCCAUUCCUUGAAACAUCUGCAAGCAACUGGUACAAAGAAGGUGGCAGCGAGAAAGACAUCAUCGUCUUUGUUCUGUGAUGAUCCGGAAGGAAGCGGUGCUGCAAACUGUACCAGCAGUGAUAGGGCCCUCAUCGCACGGAACUUUGUGAGACGGGAAGGGCUAACAUUUGAGGUUGGGGAUGAAAAGUUCUAUGUCAACGGAUGGAACACGUAUUGGCUGCUGAGGAAGGCAAGUGAUACCAGGAGUCGACUCCAGGUGGAAAAACUGCUGCUAAUUGGAGCAUCCAUGGGAAUGACUGUAUGCAGGACUUGGGCCUUCAACAAUAAUGGUGCUGACAAACCUCUUCAGAAACAGCCAGGGGUAUUUGAUGAGGCCGUCUUUGAGAUGGCGUUCACAUUCUCCACCCCUAUGUCAUCUCGUAUCACCCCCUCCCAUAUCUCUUCCAAACUCAAGCCUGUCUUGUCUCGUGCCGACAUGUCGAUGGUGCGGAUAAGGAUUGGCCCUGAUUGCCCUACUGCGAUAAAGUUCAUUAUCGGCUUGUUGCGCUGGUGGAGGAUGAGGAGUACAGCGAAGAGGAGGAUGAGGGGAGGGAGACGAAGGACGAGGAGUACAGAGAAGAGGAGGAGGAGGAGGAUGACGAUGACGAGCAAGAAUAAAGAAGAUGAUGAGGAGGAGGACGACGACGACGACGAGCAAGAAAAAGAAGACGAGGAGGAGGAGGAGGAGGAGGAGGAGGACAGCGAUGGAGAUGAAGAAGAGGAGGAGGAGGACAAGGAGGAGGAGGAGGACAACGGCAGCGAUGGACGGCGCCGACGAGGAGGAGGCGGAGGAAGAGGAGUGCAGCGAAGAGGAGGGGAGGAGCUGGAGGGGAGGGAGCCGGAGGAUGACGAGUACAGAGAAGAGGAGGAGGAGGAGGACGAUGACGGCGAGCAAGAAAAAGAAGAUGAGGAGGAGGAGGAGGAGGAGGAGGACAACGGCAGCGACAGACGGCGCCGACGAGGAGGACGAGGAGGAGGAGGAGGAGAAGGACGAGGAGGAGGAGAAGGACUAGGAGGACUAGGAGGAGAAGGAGAAGGAGGAGGAGAUGGAGAAGGAGGAGAAUAUGAGGAGGAGGAGGAGGAGGAGAAGGAGGAGAAGGAGGAGAAGGAGGAGAAGGAGGAGAAGGAGGAGGAUGACGAAGAAGAAGAAGAGGAGGAGGAUGACAACAAAAAAGAAGAGAAGGGUUAAGAGGAGAAGGGGCGCUGCAAGUUGGGGAAAAUGCAUGAUUAAAAAAAAAAAAAAAAAAAAAGAUCGGGAGGAACGGUGGAAGUCCGAUUUCCACUAUUCCUCCCACCCUCUCUUUUUUUUAUCAAUCAAUCAAUCAAUCAAUC